CGCUGCUGUAGUAUGAUCAUUGCCCUCUGAGACCUGCUGGACUGUACGGGUUCCUCUGAGACAUCAGCUGCGAUAUGAGGUCCUCCCACCUCCACUUCAGUCCUGUGAUCAUAAACUGGUUCAUCCUUGUCCAGCAGGUCAGAGGAGGAGAGAAAAGAAUGAAUCACCAGGAGGAGACAGACUGAUGAGAGACCAUUAGAGGACAUCUGAUCUGAUCUGAGGCCAGCUGCUUUUAAACAUCUGCACACACCGCAGGUCCCUGAACGCACCGCGGGUCACCUCCGCCCAGACUCCCACUUCUCGCUGCUUUUCUGGCUCUCUGGUGUGAACGAUGACGGAUCACAUCUCAGUAUGCGAGUUCCUGUCGGAGACCACCGAGGACUACAACUCCCCCACCACGUCCAGUUUCACCACCCGGCUUCAGAGCUGCAGAAACACCGUCAGCAUCCUGGAGGAGGCUCUGGAUCAGGACCGCGCAGCUCUCCAGAAAGUGAAGAAGUCAGUUAAAUCCAUCUACAGUUCAGGACAAGAGCAUGCUGGGAACCAGGAGAGCUUCAGUCAAGCUCUGGAGAGACUGGGAGGAAACAACUCAGAGCUAGGAGCGGCCUUCGUUAAGUUCUCCUGCCUCGUUAAAGAACUCGCUGCUCUGCUCAAGAACCUGCUGCAGAGUUUGAGUCAUAACGUCGUCUUCACUCUGGACUCGCUGUUAAAGGGAGAUCUGAAAGGAGUUAAAGGGGAUCUGAAGAAGCCUUUCGAUAAAGCCUGGAAGGACUAUGAGACCAAGUUCACAAAGAUCGAGAAGGAGAAAAGAGAAAACGCCAAACAACACGGGAUGAUCCGGACCGAAAUCACCGGAGCUGAGAUCGCUGAAGAGAUGGAGAAAGAGAGGAGGCUGUUCCAGCUGCAGACGUGUGAGUAUCUGAUCAAAGUCAAUGAGAUUAAAACCAAGAAGGGAGUGGACCUGCUGCAGAACCUCAUCAAGUAUUACCAUGCUCAGUGCAAUUUUUUUCAGGAUGGUUUGAAAACAGCCGACAAACUGAAGCAGUACAUUGAGAAACUGGCUGCUGACCUGUUCAGUAUCAAACAGAGUCAGGAUGAGGAAAAGAAGCAGCUGACGGCUCUCAGAGAUCUCAUCAAGAGCUCCUUACAGCUGGACCAGAGGGAGGACUCUCAGAGUAAACAGAGUAGUGGUUACAGUAUGCAUCAGCUGCAGGGAAACAAGGAGUUUGGCUGUGAGAAGAAAGGAUACCUGCUGAAAAAGAGCGAUGGGCUGAGGAAGGUCUGGCAGCGGAGGAAGUGUUCAGUGAAGAGCGGCAUCCUCACAAUUUCCCAUGCUACAUCUAACAGACAGCCAGUCAGACUGAACCUGCUCACCUGUCAGGUAAAACCCAGCGCAGAGGACAAGAAAUGCUUUGACCUCAUCUCUCAUAAUCGAACGUACCACUUCCAGGCUGAAGACGAGUCAGAGUUUGUCAGCUGGGUGUCUGUGCUGACCAACAGUAAGGAGGAGGCCAUGAACGUGGCGUUUCAGGGCGGAGGUCAGACUUCAGGUGUGGAGGAGGAGGAGGAGCUAUCCAAGAGCAUCAUAGAUGAGGUGUUGCGGUUGCCAGGCAACAACACCUGCUGCGACUGUGGAGCCACAGAUCCUCGCUGGCUCUCCACUAACCUGGGCAUUCUGACCUGCAUCGAGUGCUCAGGGAUCCACAGAGAGAUGGGGGUCCACGUGUCCAGAAUCCAGAGUCUAGACCUGGACAAACUGGGAACAUCUGAGCUGCUGCUUGCCAGGAAUGUUGGGAACUCUAAUUUCAAUGGGAUCCUGGAGGCCGGUCUGUCAUCUGUGUCCCUGAAGCCGACGGCGUGCAGUGACAUGUCAGCAAGGAAGGAGUUCAUCAAUGCCAAGUACGUCGACCACAAGUUCGCCAUGCGCACUGUCGCCACGGCAACCAGAGGUCUGUACGAGGUGUACGAAGCGGUGCAGUCCAGAGACCUGCUGUCAAUCAUCCAGCUGUACGCAGGGGGGGUGGAGCUGCUGCAGCCCCUCCCUGAACCAGGGAAGGAAGCAGGAGAGACAGCAUUACAUUAUUGUAUCUGGACAGCUGAUCACUCUUCUCUCCACCUGGUCGACUUCCUGGUCCAGAACAGUGGGAACCUGGAUGGACAGACGGAUGGAGGAAACACAGCUCUGCAUUACUGCUGUCUCUAUGACAAACCACAGUGUGUGAAAGUGCUGCUGAGAGGAAAACCUGAUAUCCACAAGACCAAUCACAGUGGAGAGACAGCGCUGGACAUUGCCCACAGACUGAAGCACUCCCGAUGUGAAGAACUGUUGGUGGAGGCAGUUUCCGGCAGGUUUAACCCUCAUGUUCAUGUUGACUAUGACUGGAACCUUAGACUGGACGAACUGGACGAGAGUGACGAUGAACUGGAUGACAAGCCGAGCCCGGUGAAGAAGGAGCGCUCUCUCCGUCCUCAGAGUUUCUGUCCGUCCUCUAGUGUUUCCUCCCAAGAGAAACUUUCUUUACCGGCCUCCUUCAUUCCUCCUUACAGGGACAAGCAGCGUCUCUCCUAUGGGGCAUUCGCUAACCCUGUCUACAGUACGUCCACCGACAAUCCUCUGUCCCCUGGCCCUGACACCUCAGGACCUUCGCCAGCUGCCAGGAGCCAGGUUAAAGGUACUGCUGCUGCCCCGCCCACUUCCCUCCCCCUCACCUCUCAGAUCAGUGGUGGAGGAGGAGGAAGCUGGGCUGUGGGAGGAGGAAGCUCUACCCUAAAGAAGAGACCCCCUCCCCCUCCACCUGGACACAAGCGCACAAUGUCUGACCCCCCAAGUCCAGUCCUGCCGGGACCGGCAGGUAAAGGAAGUGGGUUAACCCCCCCACCUGGAAACAGGGCCAACAAGUUUGAGGGAAUCCAGCAGCAGCAGAGUAAUACCAAGUCCACACUGGGACCCAGAGUUCUGCCCAAACUACCUCAGAAAGUGGCUUUAAGGAAGAUCGACAUCAUCCACCUCCCUUUUGUGGACAAGCCAGGCCAGCCUUCAGACCUCCUCAAUAAACUGUCCUCCUCCUUCCAGCCUGACCCCCAGAAGUCUCCUCCUUUCAUUGACGCCUCCCCCAAACCCCCCCUCACCCCGGUAGACUCCUCUCAAAAAUCCCCAACAGCUGAGAAACCACAGCUGUCCGAACUUCCCCCCAAACCUCUCCUGUCUGACCUACCUCCAAAACCUCUCCUCAGAGACCUUCCACCAAAACCUCAGACUGCAGACCCCCCACCCAAACUGCCACUCAGCAACAGGCCAGGCCCCACCCCUCUUGCUAUGGAGACACAGGGAUCCAAGAUGGUGGCGGCAGAGAGCCAGUCUUCUGUCCAGCAGGUGGAGCCGUCACUUCAAUCAGCAAUUAAAGAUGUUGAUAAAUCACCGCUUGGCGUGGUGGAAAUGCCCGUCCCUCUGCCACGCAAAAUCGACUCUGUGAAGAAUAAAACCCGGCGAGUGAAAACCAUCUACGACUGUCAGGCCGAUAACGACGAUGAACUGACCUUUGCAGAGGGAGAAGUCAUCAUUGUCACUGGAGAGGAAGAUCAGGAGUGGUGGAUUGGACACAUCGAAGGACAACCAGAAAGGAAAGGCGUAUUCCCCAUGUCCUUUGUUCACAGCCUCUGUGACUGAUGGCCACAGAGAAACGUGUGAGGCUCCAGCACCCACCUGCCAAGGUCGUACAGACAGUGGGUG